AUGAUCAGAUUCUGGUUCACUGCCUGGCUCUGUGUCUUCUAUUGCGUCAAGAUUGUGAACAGCACACAUUCACUGUUCCUUUGGUGCAAAAUGAGGAUAUCCUGGUUAAUAACCCGGCUUCUUAUAGGAUCUCUAGUCUUCUCCUGCUUUGCUUCCUUUUUUUUAUUAGCGGUAUUUCCGCUUGAACACGAAAACAACAAAGCAGCAAAUGUUACAAACAUGACACAAUCAAAAACAUUGAAAGACCGUAUUGGUCCUGUCCGUAUUUUUUUUUAUGCUGUUUGUUCCAGCAGUCCCAUUUUUGUUGUUUUAUUUUGCUCCAUCAUGGUUGUUGCUUCUCUCUGCAGGCACAUCUACCGGAUGGCAAGAACUCUCCAAACAAAAGCUCACAUCAAAGCAGCUACGGUAGUGCUCUCUCUUUUAUUCCUUUAUGUUUCCUUUUUUGUGGCACAGACCUUGAGUACUUUUGUAGAAGUAGCGGAGAACGUAAAGCCUUUUGUUUCAAUGGUGCUGAUAAUGUAUGCCCCUACUCAGGCUGCCAUAUUGAUUUUCAGUAAUCCAAAACUAAAACAGGCAUUUAGCCAGCUACUUUAUAGAGAAAGGUCUCUUGAAGGCCAAGGCAAAUGGGCAUUGGAGAUUCCUUGA